AUGGAUCGUGAAAUUCUGCCUAGUAAUGUCACUCCACUGCACUACGAUUUAGUGCUGGAGCCAUCUUUUGAAACUUUUAAGUUUGAUGGUUCUGUAACCAUUGACCUACAGGUCAAUGAUAGUACUGUGGACUCUAUCAGUCUGAACACCCUUGAGAUUGAUAUCAAGGCUGUGACACUGGAUGGUUCCAUCACUCCAAGUGAAAUCAAGGUUGAUGAAGCUGCCCAAGUCACCGAAUUUGUCUUUGAGAAAGGUACCCUGUCUGAGAAGAAAUCAGUCAAACUGGAGAUCAAGUUCAUUGGUAUCCUGAAUGAUCAGAUGGCAGGUUUCUACAGAGCCAAGUACGAGGACAAGCAGACUGGUGAGACCAAAUAUAUGGCCACCACCCAGAUGGAAGCAACUGAUGCUAGAAGAGCUUUCCCUUGUUUUGACGAGCCAAACUUAAAAUCAACCUUUGAUGUGACUUUGAUUUCUGACAAGCAUUUGACUCAAUUGUCCAAUAUGGAUGUCAAAUCUGAGACUAUUGAGGGUGAAAAGAAGAUUACAAAGUUUAACACAACUCCAAAGAUGUCUACUUAUCUGAUUGCCUUCAUUGUUGCAGAAUUGAAGUAUGUUGAAAGUAAAGAAUUCCGUAUUCCUGUGCGUAUUUAUUCUACUCCAGGUGAUGAACAUCUAGGUGAGUUUGCAGCUUCAUUGACUGCUAGAACAUUGAAAUUUUUUGAAUCCACAUUUGAUAUUGAGUAUCCUCUUCCAAAGAUGGAUAUGGUUGCUGUUCAUGAAUUCUCAGCUGGUGCGAUGGAAAACUGGGGUCUAGUGACUUACAGGGUCGUCGAUUUACUACUUGAUAAGGAGAACUCCACUCUGGACCGUAUCCAAAGAGUUGCUGAAGUUAUUCAACAUGAAUUGGCUCAUCAAUGGUUUGGUAACUUGGUUACCAUGGAUUGGUGGGAAGGUCUGUGGCUAAACGAAGGUUUUGCAACUUGGAUGUCUUGGUACUCUUGUAACGAGUUUCAGCCACAAUGGAACGUCUGGCAACAGUACGUUGCCGAUAGUUUGCAACGUGCUUUAUCACUUGAUUCUUUGAGAUCAUCUCAUCCAAUUGAAGUACCUGUGAAGAACGCGGAUGAAAUCAAUCAAAUCUUUGAUGCAAUUUCGUACUCCAAGGGUUCUUCUCUGCUAAGAAUGAUUUCAAAAUGGUUGGGUGAAGAUAUUUUCAUUAAGGGUGUUGCUGAAUAUUUGAAUAAGUUCAAGUAUGGUAAUGCUAAAACUGAAGAUUUAUGGGACUCUCUUUCAGAAGCUUCCGGGAAGGAUGUCACCAAGGUUAUGAAUAUUUGGACAAAACAGAUUGGAUACCCAAUUGUUACUGUUAAUGAAGAAGGCGAAAAGAUCAGCUUCACGCAACACAGAUUUUUGUCCACUGGCGAUGUCAAGCCUGAAGAGGAUGAAACUCUAUAUCCUGUAUUCUUGGCAAUUAAGACCAAGGAUGGCAUUGACAAUAACAUUAAUCUAGAUGAGAGAGAGAAGACUAUUGAACUAAAGGACAAUGAAUUUUUUAAGAUUAAUGGUAAUCAAGCUGGUGUUUAUGUAACAUGCUACAGUGAUGAAAGAUGGGCAAAAUUAAGUAAGCAAGCCGAAUUUUUGUCAGUCGAGGAUAGAACAGGUCUUGUUGCUGACGUUAAGUCUUUGGCCUCCUCGGGCUACACUUCUACAACAAACUUUUUGAACUUGAUUUCCAAUUGGAGCAAUGAAGAAUCCUUUGUAGUUUGGACACAAAUGAUAAAUAGUAUUUCUGCUCUUGAGUCUGCUUGGGUUUUUGAAGAUGAAUCUAUCAAGACUGGAUUGAAGAACUACGUGACCAAAUUGUCCAUAGAGAAGGCUCAUAAAUUAGGUUGGGAAUUCUCCAACGAAGACUCAUAUUCCACACAAAAACUAAAAGUCUUACUGUUUGAUGUUGCAUGUAGUAAUGAUGAUGAAAAAGCUCAAUCUGCAGCCAUUGACAUGUUUAAUAAAUAUAUCUCUGGUGAUAAGAAGGCCAUUCCUGCAUUGAUCAAACCAUCCGUCUUUAAUACUGUUGCAAGCAAAGGUGGUGAAGAAAGCUACCAGAAACUAUACAAUAUCUAUAAGAACCCAAUGGCGACUGAUGAAAAACUGGCUGCUUUGAGAGCCCUUGGUAAAUUCAAAGAAGAUAAAUUGAUUACCAAAACACUAUCGUAUCUAUUAGAUGGAACAGUCUUGAGUCAAGAUUUCUAUAUUCCAAUGCAAGGUUUGAGAACUCACAAGGAAGGUAUAUUGGCCAUGUGGGAGUUUUUAAAACAAAACUGGACUGAAAUUAUUAAGAAACUACAGCCAGGUUCCCCUGUUCUUGGUGGUGUCUUAACUGUAUCAGUAUCAUCUCUUGCAUCUGUGGAAAAGAUAGAUGACGUGAAACAAUUUUUCAGUGACAAACCAACAAAGGGUUUUGAUCAAACCCUAGCUCAAGCGUUAGACACUGCUACUAGUAAAUCAAAAUGGGUUGCAAGAGAUGGUGAGGUUGUUAGAAAGUAUCUGGAAGAUAAUGGCUACUUUAUCAACUAG